CUGGUUUGCAGAUUCAUCAGAAACAUUUGGCAAGAAGAGGCCACUUUCAUGACCACUGGGGACACGGCAAACUCGGACCUCUUCAAUGCCCAGACCAGCGCUGCCCUGCUGGAUUUGCUUGUGCAGAACGGUGUCUACAAAGCCAAGCAAGUGCCGGCCAUAGUCAGGUGCAUCCACCAGUGGCUCACAUCCAAUGUGUCUGCUGAGAACAGGCUGGACAAGACUCUUGUCCUGCUGACCAAGGCACACCCCAUGGAUGUUGCAGUGACCCUGCUGCGCUCUGCCCCAGCCUGUGACAGAGCUGCUCGCACCAUGUGGAAGACGCUCGUCUCCUCCAGAUGGACUAAGGAGCCGGUGCUGCAGAUCCUCUUCCGUGUGCUGGAAUACUGGCCAGCACACAGGAGACGCACCUCUGAUGGGGAUGAGAGGGAUGUCUUUGCCCUUGCUGCAACUGUGGCACUCUGGGAGAUCCUCCAGCUGUCCUGGUGCCCAGGAGCAGUGAAGGACAAUUUCCCCCGCCUCCUUCUGACUCUGCUCUUCCAAGUUUUCAUCAGCACAGAGGAGAUGUCAGAGGAGGUUGAGAGCUUCUGGAGGCGAUGCCGGGAGCAGCGCAGCCUUCCCCCCAACCCCAACAGGUGCUCCAUCCCAGUCUCCUCUCCCUGCCACGCCCUCAGGGCUGAGGCCAGGGCUCUGUGCCUGACCUGA